AUGGCAAAGGCUAAGAAGGCGACUAUCAAGUACCAGAAGAACCACCUGAAGGGUGCUAUCGAGCAGCGCAGAAAGAAGCAAAAGGCCACCCAGAUUUACAAGAAGCGCAACCCCCAGAAGUUUGGUCGUGGUGCCAACGCUGGAUCUGGCAGCGGUGGUGCCGAGGGUGAAGAGGGCGAAGGUGCCGAGGGUGAGGAGGAAGAGAAGCAGGACUCUGGUGAUGAGAAGUCCAAGGAUAUGGGAGUGGACGAGUUCUUCAACAACGACCUGGACUCGGAUUCCGAUGCAGAGCCCGAAUCCGACAACGAGGACUUUGUCGGGAUCGACACCAUCGUCGAAGAAGACGACGGCUCAGACAUGGACACCCCUACACCUAAGAAACAGACCCCUGCCCAGAAGAAGAAGCAGGAUGCCAAGGAAGAAGCUGCCAAGAAGAUCCAGCUUGAUGCCUUGAAGGAGAAGGAUCCCGAGUUCUACAAGUACUUGCAGCAGAAUGAUUCGGAGCUGUUGGAGUUUGAUGGUGAGAUGGAGGAUCUUGAGAGUGAGGAGGAGGAUGAUGAGGAUAUGGAGGAUGAUGACGAGGAAAUGGAGGGUGAUGAUGAGGAUAUGGAAGAAGAGGAAGAAAAGGAGCAGCCCAAGAAGAAGGGAAAGAAGGCAGCAUUGGAGGAGGAGAUGAUGGACGGAAUCCCAUUGGUGACCAAGGAUAUGGUUGCAGCAUGGCAGUCGGCUCUUGUGGAGAAGCACUCACUCAGGGCUCUCCGCCGUCUCUUGCUCGCCUUCCGUGCCGGCGCCCACUUGCACGAUUCCGAAGAUGACAGGACCUACGCCUACAAGAUCAACAGUCCCAUUGUCUUCAACAAGUUGGUCGUCACCUGUUUGAAGCACGUUAUCCCCACAUUGGACUACCACCUUCCUGUCCAGACCACCUCAGGAGGCAAGCCCAAGCCAGUCAACUCUGGAUCCAAAUACGCUACCCUCCAGCCCUUGGUUAAGUCCUUCCUCCAGAACACCUUGUUCUUGCUCAAGGAGUUGACUGACCAGGAGAUGAUCUACUUUGUCAUCCGUGAGUCCGAGAAGGCCAUCCGCUACCUUGUCGGCUUCCCUAAGAUCGCCAAAGAUCUUUUGAAGCACUUGUUGUUCUUGUGGUCGACGGCGACGGACCGUGUGCGUAUUAUUUCGUUCUUGACGAUUCGCACGAUUUCCUUGCAGUUGGGACCUACAUACUUGGACUUGUCGUUGAAGGGCGUGUACUUGACCUUUGUCCGCUACGCCAAGACAACGACGAUGCAUACGUUGCCCAACCUGCACUUGAUGCAGAACUGUGUUGCUCAACUCUACGGCAUGGAUUUCGACCGCUCGUACCAGCACGGAUUUGUCUAUGUCCGUCAAUUGGCAAUUCAUCUCCGCAAUGCCGUCUUGGUCAAGACCAAGGAGUCAUUCAAGGCUGUUUACAACUGGCAGUACCUCCACUGCUUGGGUCUCUGGGCCCAAGUGAUCUCGACACACGCACUCAACACUGCAGGACAACCGACUGCUCUUCACGCGUUGAUUUACCCCCUCGUCCAAGUCUCGCUCGGUGCCCUCCGUCUGAUCCCCACCUCGACCUACUACCCCCUCCGGUUCCAGAUCAUUCGCAACUUGAUCCAGUUGAUCGAGAACACUGGCACGUUUAUCCCCUUGGCCCCCUUCUUGUUUGAGGUUCUCGAGGGCGGAGAGAUGAAGCGCCCUGGUCGCAAGGGCACUCUGAAGCCAUUGGAGUGGGACUUGGGAUUCAAGUGCAGCAAGGACUACAAGGGAUCGCGUGUCUACCAGGACGGCACAGGAGAGCAGGUGUACGAGUUGAUGACAGAGUACUAUGCGCUCUUCAGCACAUCGAUCUCGUUCCCCGAGUUGGCAAUCCCCGCGAUUGUGCAAUUGAAGCGGUUUAUCAAGAAGUCGAGCCUGGUCAAGUUGACAAAGCAAUUUGCCGGAUUGGUCGAAAAGCUGGAGCAGAACUCGCGCUUUGUGGAAGGGGAGAGGAACAAGGCUGAUUUCUCGCCUAGUGAUGCUGCCGGUGUGUCGGGCUUCAUGAGACAUCAGGACAAGGAGAAGACCCCUAUGGGUGCCUACUGGAAGGGAGUCAAGCGGAGUGUGAUGGCCAAACGUAAGAUGAUUGAGGAGGCACGUAAAGACCGGGCGGAUCGUGAAGACAAGGAUAGCUCUUCAAGGAAUAGCAAGGCCGAGGAGGACGAGGAUGAUGAUGAGUCGAUGGAUGAGGAUGAUUUGGAGGACAUUGAGGAGGAUGAGGAUAGCGAAUAG